UUGUCGAAGCUGAUGAUGAUGCUGCGACGCAGCAUCCCGUUGUUUGUAUCCUUGCCAUGUCACACGCGUGAUGAGAGUGUUCUUGGGGUGUUUGGAUUGCGCAUGUACAGAACUCAGAAUUGUGGAGAUAUUGAAGAGAGAUCCGGAACGCAUGGUAGCCGAAGGCACCCAGCAUCCACUAAGCCGUGGAGUUUAGAGUCAUCAGGAUGCUCGCCCUUUUCGCAGCAGAUCCCAGUCAACGGUUGAGUGUCAAGUCGAGCGGGCGUGAAAUCCUGGAGGUCGAUAGGAGCUUCUCUAGUCCUCCGGACUAUCUCCGGAUCUGUGCUAUCUUGUCGUGAGUGUGGAGAUUUCCCAAGUUCUGAGAACAUAACCAGACUUUUAAAGUCGUCGCCGGAGUCGGUGACGGGCAUGUGCAACGGAGGUGGAGGAAAAUUAUCAUCGUUCCGGUCACAUCUCAAGUGAGCCCUUCCGUACGUGGAGUUGCACGUGUGUGAGUAAGUGUGUAGGUGGUGGGUGCUCAUGAUGUGCUCCGGGAUUCGUGCAUAAGAGGACGGAAAAAGUUCUAAACUUUAAUGGAUGUUUGGGAAAGUUGUUCUUCUGGUGCAGUAUUUGGAGCAAACUACGGGUACAGAGUUGGACGGUGGCAGCACUCGAGACACGGCGGCAUCUAGCCAGGAACAAACAAAACCAAAGCCAAGUAAACAAUUGUUCUUUUGCAUAAUCGCGGCGUACUCCCCUCGAGGGACGAACGUCAGCACAGCACGAGAAGACACAACCCGGAAGUAGUAGUUCGAAAGACGAGGACCCCACACUGGGAAAUUGGCGUGUGAAAGUUGGGCCACAGAACCUAAAAAAAAACAAGUAGAGGAAAAAGUUUGUGCGGUGCUGACCUUUUUUUGACACACUCUCGGCACAAUGAUUGGAUGUACGUGCUGAAGAGUAGUGAAGACACAUCUUUGUUGCGUUGCGUUGAGACGGAAUAUAAAUAGAUGAAAGCCGGAACGUGUCCCAAAUUGGGUUGGUGCCAAAUGUGAAGAGCAAAUAAAGUUACCGGGAAGUUUUACAUUGAAUUUGUGGUGACGUAACUGGAAAUAAAAUCUUUGAAUUGAAAACUACAUAGUGUUGGGGAAGAGAGAAGAUUGAAGGCAAUAACUGUGUUUAAAAAACUUUAAUAAUGUGGAUCAAUGAGCGAAAAAAGUGACUAUUAAUGCAGAGCAGCUGAAUUUCAAGUCAAGUUUUCAACUCAUAGAAGAGAAAUCUUCCAAGAAAAGAUCCAAAAUCCACCGCGUCAACGGAACAAAAGAAGCCGGCCAAGCCGCCCAGGAAGCCAAGAGAGCGAAGGUAUCUUGCACCGGAAAAUGGCUUCAUUAAGGUCCCUAAUCCCCGGCAGACGAAUCGUGCUCAAGGCCUUGCCGAGGCAACCAUAGCUCGUGGGCCUCAUUGCGAGUUCCUUGGAAAUUCGUUGCCGUUGGAAGAGCAUUAGACGAAGAAAAGCUCGAAGGAGCAGCGGCAGCAUAGCAUACCUUCGGCGCUGCUAACAAAAAGUGACAUCAAAGUGAGAUCUAUAAAUAACCAGCAGCAGCAUCAACAUCAGCAACAGCCUGGCCACAGUGUUAUUUUUGUGGUGCCAGCCCAGAGUCUCGAGCAAGGAAAAGUCACAAUCAUAACGUCUUGAUGAAUUCGUGCCAAACUUUGGUAUGCGUGAACGCUUGAAAAAUCAUCUUCAAGAGUAUCCCAUGCGACAGAGGCGUAAUUUGCGGCACAACACAAGCACACAAGCCCAUCCCACGUGCUUCAAGUUUCCACGUGGCCAUAACGAAGUAUAUUGCAGUAGUUUUAUCGUCCCAUCAGCCCCAGUACCAGCAGCAGCGGUACCAGAGGCCACUUUAGUGCCAAUUGCGGGCCGAUGCUGCUCAUUUUAGUGUGAUAAGAGUAAUAACAAUAACUAUAAUAAUAAUAAUCACUUUUGUUUAAAACAAUGAACAAGAGUCGAAAGUCGUGUCCAUCGUCGGCAGCAUCCGCCCGUCGCCAGUUGAUGAAACAUGUAAUCAUAAAUGUGUCAUGUUUGUUAAUUAUAUGCACAGCUGCCAACGGUGUCACCGCAACGCCUACUGCCACCACGACGGAAACGAGAGUGGUGGCAGAUGGCCAUGGGAAGCGUGGUGACAACAGUGCCAAAGUUCAAUCGAUUCUUGGCGCCGGAAACAGACCAGACAAUAAGCAGCACCAGCCACCACCCUUUGUACAUAGAAAUUUGAUGCUCGAGCGAGGAUUUCAUGAGAAUAGCCACGAUAAAACUUUAUCUCCCGUAAAGUCUGAUUACAAUGUUAAGGAUUUCCAGAGCAAACGAGAGCCUCGGUUCAGCACGAUCCGGUGGAAACGGAGCUCUGCUGGAAACAUUAGUACAAAUAGCAAUUUUAAUAUUCUAAACUUGUCCAACAAAAACCUAAGUAAUGCGAAUCACUUAGCAGCGGAGUUGGCCAACUACAGCCUUAGGCGGAGUAAUUACGAGAUUAGCCACUACUACAAUCUCAGUGACAUCAGUGCACUGGACCUGUCGAGGAACAAUCUGUCGGAGGGUCUGCUGGACCAGCUGCAGACAAAGUUUUCCAUACUUUUGUGGUUGGACAUGUCGGAGAAUAAGCUCACCACAACAGAAUGGCUGCGGAACAUACCCUCUCUCAAGUACUUGAAUUUGUCGUGCAAUCAUUUAACGACCUUCUCCAGCACCCAUCUGGCCCAACUGACUCGGCUUGACCUGUCGAGCAAUGCCAUCGCUAAUAGUUCGGCCCUCACCCCACUGGCACUCCGCAAUCUGACCGACCUGGACCUGAGUUGCAACCAGCUGGAGACGAUAGACAAAGGUCUCUUCUUUCACACCCGCGCGCUCCAACGGUUGGACAUUUCCGGCAACGCAAUCAAGCGGCUGAAUCGUUCCAUUUUCUACAAUCUUAUCAACCUCGAGCAUCUGAACCUCGCCGGAAAUAGGAUCGACGUUAUUGAAAAUGACACGUUCUCCUAUCUGCUGAAUCUGCAAUUUUUGGACCUGUCGCAGAACGAAAUCGGUCCGGACUCCAUCCGGGCGCUGCAGGGCAUUCCGGCACUGAUUGGACUAUCGUUGGCACACAACGCCCGGCUCGGCACCGUUAUGCACGAGUUUGUGGCAUCCUGGAGUCUGAAAGAGCUGGACGCCAGCGGAACCGGGCUGUGCCGCAUCCCGACGGCACUGGCCCAGUCGGUGAAAUCGCUGAAGCUGGCCAACAAUUUGCUAAAUGUAAUUCGAAGCGGCGAUCUGGACAGCUACCCCCUGCUCCAGCAGCUCAUUCUUUCGGACAAUCUGAUAUCGGACAUCGAGGACGAUGCGCUCGGCCGGCUGGAACUGCUCUCGACCCUCUUCCUUGACCGUAACCAGCUGGUGCGCGUCCCGGUCAGUCUCCCCUCCAAUCUGAACCAUCUCCACCUGCAGAACAACGCCAUCUACGAGUUGCAGCCGGGAGUGUUUAGGUAUCUGAAGAAUCUAAGGACGCUCAAUUUGGCGGGAAAUAGAAUCGCUUACUUGCCGGAACUGCCCCUGCCCGGGCUUGUUCUGCUAAACGUUCAACGCAAUGACCUGAAAGGGUUAAGCCAAUCGGUGGUGAAAACGUCACCCAAUUUGAGCGAGUUUUUGCUGGAAAAUAAUCCGGUCCGGUGUGCCGAUUUGCUCGGAAUCGCUGAGUGGGCCAAACCGUGCCGGGACGAGAUGCUGUUUGAGGACAGCAAAGAUAGUGACGGCGAUGACAGCGGAGAUGAGUUUGAAAUUUUCGGUAGAUUUACGACCGGCGGUCGCCGGAGCAGGUGUACCCGGGAAUCGGGCAGGACACUGGCGAAAAUGGCGACGAAAAUUGCGCUGCUCAAAUCACAGUGCCGGAAUGAAAAUUUAAUUAACCCGAACGCACCAAAUCGCCUUAAAAGCGAUCAAACAACCGUGAAGCAUCCAUUAGAGGGCGAUAAAAUCGGUCCAACCGCGGUCGCGUCCUCUGCUCCGAAAAUUGGCAUGAUGAAUGAUAAGCCGCGGAGUGGAGAAGGCGCUAAGAACGGUUUAUUAAAGAAUUUUACGAUGAUUGCUGAUGGUGCUGCCGCGGUGGCUAACGACCGAAACAAAGUAAACGUCAACGGGACGAAGAAGGCGGUGAAUUUGGAUGUAAAUUUGAGCGCGAAAAGUUUUGGGAACGCUACAACAGGAGAAGGGAUGCCAGCACUGCAGCGCAAUUUUCAUAAUAACACGAUUAGCGAUGCGAAUCGAGAUAAAGCGGUGAACGGAGCGAAGAAAGUCACCAUUUCGACACCGAAGAAGAAAGUGCCACAAAAGAAGAAGAUUCCACUCAAGACCGCCACUCCGGCAGCGGACCCUAAUCCGAUGGCAAACAAUGAUAAAUUAGCGAAUAGUUCAAGUGUAAACAAAGUCGUCAAUUUAACAGCAAUAACGGCGAUUGUUAACGUAACUGGAAACGAACGUGACGAAGCGAGUGAUAAGAGUGAUACGGAGGAGAAAAAAGCCAACAGAAAUAGCUUAAUUCAAACUGAUUCGAUGGCACGAACGAGUCCCGCCAGCUUGGAGCAACCGGCAACGCCAAGGACGAGUGACAAAUUGGUAGAAAUAACAGUGACGACGACGACGGUGCUGCCAUCCUCCUCGACGUUGACCUCGAAGUUGAUGCUGAAAAAAUACGACCAGACCUCGACGACGACGAUGGGGACACAAACGACAACAAACGAGUCCGGGCGUCACUCCUCCUUCAUCAGCAAUAAAAACAACUCUGUCGGUGACGACAACGACCACGUUGAGCAAACAGACACCGCCGAAGGCAAUUUGGAACGGAACAUCCCACCCAGUACAACGCCCCUGCCGCCAGUGUCCACGAGCACAACCCGCAGAAAGGUCCCGCGAAAGAGUUACAAUGUAACGGGCAAGACCCGCAAAAAUGUAAAUCAUAUGAAGAUGAAAUUAAAAUUUAACCGCGAUCAACUGCACGACGACGAGUUCCGGGACGAUUUUGACAUUGACAGCAUGGGUCCACUCGGCGGGUAUGACCACGGAGUAACGUCCCACGGCAGGAAGGGCGCUAGUAAAUUCUCCAUCUACGACAGCAUCUAUCUGGCAUCACUGAAAAAUGCCAACUUCAAGCCAUUCCAUCAUGCCGUGCACGUACUAAACUCGUCCCGGACGGCGACUCCUUCCGCUGAAGCUAGUAACACCGACCCGCUACGGAUUCCGGCCACGUCCGUGGAAACGUCGUCAAAAAUUCUACCACAAGAAUGGAAUGAUGUACGGCCGGUGUCAAGUGGUGGCUCUCAUUACGGACUAUUCAUUGUGGUCGGGGCCACCCUCGGUAUGCUAAUCUCGUUCGGAUUGUUCCAUCUCUAUUAUUGUCGUGUACGGGGCCGAGGCCGAGGUCAACAUCUGCACGGACAUCACCCCCAUUACCGGCCAGCCCACGCCAGUGGAAUGGGAUCAUGCAGCAGCAAUCAUAAUUCUACUCAUCAUCGCUAUUCAUACGCAUUCGAACAGGAUGACAGUGACGAACGGCUAACCUACACGAUAUCGACCUCGGUGCUGGACACUCCGGACGACGCCGGCUCUACGGUCCAUCACCAGCAGCAGCAAGACGUCCUCCAUAUGGACGUCCUAAAUCCACUCAAAUCAAAACCAUUGUUGGGGAAUUUAAGCAGUGGUAGUAGCAGUCGGAGUAGCAGCACCGGCGGCAGUGCUGCCAGUAGCUGCUUCGACGGCCACAGUCCGACGGCAUCCCGUGGAGGUGGUGAGCUGCGGCUUAGUCCGCGGUCGACGAAUCCAAAUGACAGCAGCGGCAGAAAUCAUCCCAAUACUUCCAAUAAUCACAAUGACCUAGCGCGAGUAUCGCACCGGGACGGUACCAUCGAUAGGUGGUGACGGCGAUGACAAAGACGGCGACAGCUUCAUUAUUCCACAGAGAACAGAUGUAUAUCAUUGAACAAACAGCAUUGAAAAACGUGUGUAAAAAUUCAAACCAAAAUACGUUGAAAAGAGCUAGGGUGUGCACCAUCCGCCUAGAUAGCGCCACUUCCAAAAUCAUGAUGGCCUACAGUAGCAGAACGUUGGACCACCUAAUCACUGCAUAAAACAUUCCGUACGAACGACAUCAGACCAAUGUCUGACUGCCCUUCAUCAGAGGGUUGUAAUUUUACGCGCCCAAGAAGGUAAACAAAACUAAAUCGGACAUAACAUGUGUAAAGGGACUAUUUUAAGUUGUCGCUAGAAAAAUCAUUUUUGAAUGAAUUUUCUGCUAUGUUUUCGUUAAUGUUAUUGCAUUUUUGCAUUAUUUUUAGUCAACUGGAAUUAUACAGAAGUGAAUUUUAUAUUUAAACGAGAUUAACAUUUAUUUUCUUUCGAAAUUAUUGAGCCUUUUUAAUUGUUAAGUCAAGUAUUCUCAGCCGCGACGGUGGCGCCGCCAAGCGUAUCCUGCACACUCUAACUUCUUUGAUACAAGAUUGUAUGCAACGCAUUUUUUUAGUUUACACGGUUUACACACAAGUUAGAACCAAGAUGUGUAUCUGUUCUCUGUGAUUAUUCUACAAUUAACGAUGCGUCGUACAGUGUGUUUGAGUGAGAGGGUUCAGAUUUUUCGCUAAUUCCCCUCACAUACAUACAGAGGAUAGAAUUCUAACCCCAUCCGAGGUUCAAUCAGAAGCGGGAGGGAGAGUAAAAAGGGAAAUUCAUUUCAAUCAAACAAAUGCUUCCGAUCCGUUUUCACCACUCUUGAAAGGAAGUGAGGUUUUGACUGGAUCCAAUUUCAUUAUUUUUGUAGGAGGGAAGAGUAUAUUUUGAACACAAAACUUAUUAAAUCUGAACUUCUGGUCAUUUUAAGUUUUCUUGUAGGACAAGCCUUCACAAAUCAUCUUCUGGCAAACAUAAAAAAAUAAUUAAAUUACACCCGAAAUUACAACACACUUUAUUCACACCAUGCUUGUAUUCUAAAAAUAACAAAACAAUAGGGUCCUUACGCUGUAUGUUGAUAUUUAUGUACAACGAUUUAAAAUACGCUUCAAACCUAACCUUAAACCAUUUCUGAUCACCAGUGUUGUGAAUGAGUGAUAGAAUAAACUAUCAUUUGAUGAUUCCUGAAAGAAACUAUCAGCAGGUAUAGCGACCGUCACUAUUGCGACUGCUUGUGAGCUCUCUUCUUUUAUCUCGUGAUUGCCAGCAUGAGCAGUUCCUUUCUCUUUUCUUCGUUCAUUGACACUCGCCGAAGAUUCUUCUGUAUUCUCAGAAAAUCACAAUGAAAGAACGAGAGAGGGGAAUUUGAAAACGAUCACGCACUACAUCCCGUUAAACAGCGUUGGCAAAUUUUGUUUUGUGGCUACGCUCAGUUGAGGGAGAAUGAUUGUGAGUGAGAAAAAGAGAUCAACACGCAGAAAAAAGUUUUGUAGAAUCAGCCUGUACGAGGUUUGAAUCAACAAAAUUUCCGAUCACGACAGUAAUCAACGCCGAUUUUACGUUGAAACAAACCUUGAUUUUCUCGAUUCCACAAAAGUCUUUUGUUGUUUUGAAAAAGCUGCUUUGACGUUUAGCGAUUCGAUUCAACAAAAAUUAUGAUUUUCAAAUCAACAAACGUUUUGUUGAUUCAAAUAUGCCUUAUUUUUCUGCGUGAAGCAAUUAUUGGUGCUGAAAAUUUCGCGAUGGAAAGAAGGACAGUGAAAGUUGAUUUGGGACAUGAUCAGGGCCCGGCGAUGGGCUAAUAAACGCGACUGAACAACAUUGGCAAUAUAGCGUCAUUUGUUUACCAUCAUGAAAUUUUUGCAGAAGUUUUUGAAAAAUAACUUAUUUGUUGAAAUAUUGCUAAUUGUAGCGUCUUUUUAAUAGAUUUGACGAAAUACAUAAAUUUUGUAAAACCAUCAUGUAGAAAAAAGUUUCAAUUCAAAACAUUAAUUAUUUAUCCAUCAUUACCAGAUUUUUUGCAAGAUUACAGAUAACAGAGAUAACAACGUAUCUCAAUUUGAUCGUUUAUUUUCCAUCAAUUUUAUCUCCGAAGUUUGGCAAAAAGUAUAAAAAUUAGCAAAAAGUUUAGUGAACUAUACCACAAAUAAUAUUCACUAAAUGGGAAAUUAGUUGUUAGGCACACCGAUUUUAUAGGGUUCGCUGUUGUCCACGCUCCAUACAAAAAAUAUGUGUGGUACACUGCCGUUCUACGCAUAAUUGUCCCAUGUCAUUUUAUUCGAUUCUGACCUUUUGUCAUUUUUAGGUUUAGUUUGACGUUUACUUUUCGAAAUACACAUAAAACUCAGUGAAAAUAACACCAAGUCUGUUUGUCCCAUCGUUGUACUUCUACGCAUAAUUGUCCCACCAAGUAUUUUCUAUCACGAAAUUAUCAGUUUUACGAAGUAUUGUGUCUUGUUUACCUGUUGUGUAGCAAGAGGAUUACAAAUAAGAGUGAUAAAAACUGCUAACUGGGAUGGUUAGGGACUUAUGGGACCCACGGGACAAUUAUGCGUAGAAACACAAAAAACGGUCGAAAAAUUUCAAUCGCCUUUUUCUCAGUUGCACUUUUUUGAACAUGGGACAAUUAUGCGUAGAACGGCAGUACAGUUGUCAAAACUGCUAUUUUUGACUCAAUUUGUCCCACCCAUAAGAUCGGAUAGGAAUUUGUGAAAAAGUGGGGUGUUAUCGAAUUUUCUAGAACAAAGUACUAACAUUCUGGAGUUUUCUAAAAUUUCGCAUGCUACAGAACCAGAAUGCACAAUAAACUUAAAACUGAAAAAACGUAUAUGUGAAAUUUUUGCGAAAAGGGUUUAAGGUUUCUGAUGAUUUGGAAUAAUUGAAUAAUGAAUUUUUAAACGAUUUAUGUCUGAUUAUUCUUGCUUUAAGAUUAUACUUAUUUUGCGUUUGGCAUGAAAUUCGAAUUUAUGUACACUAAUUUUUUUUCUAGUGCGCAGUUGAUCUCGAACCGAAGCUUAAAAAAGGGUAUACAGUCCAGAUUCGAUUAUCCGAAGCCUCGAUUAUCCAAAGUUUCGAUUAUCCGAAGUUAAAUUAUUCGAAGUUUUGUAUGAGACUUCGGAUAUAUAUUAUAAUCGAAUCAAGAUCAAAACAUUUUUUUUGUUAUUUUCAAAUUCGAUUUUUUUUUUCGUGAUUAGAUUAUAAGUAGUGACAGUUUUUAAGGCCUUUGAAUAAUCGAAUCUGAACUGAAUAAUAAUCAUCAACAUCAGUAUGAAGGGAUGAACUUAAAUCUAUAUAUCUUUUUAAAAGAUUAACGAGCCAAUUGUCCAAAAAGUUCUCAUGGAGCAUGACAAACUUUUUGUAGAAAAGCACGUUUUGCAAAAAGUGAACAAGUUUGUUUAUCGAAUUGAUAUCUGAACAAAGGAAUAAAGCACAUUGCUAAGCACGUUUCAGCCAUAAAAAGAAGCCAAAUGAAAAUUGCAGAGCAAAUCUAAAUCUUGAGACUUUGAGGUUAUCUAAAUGUAGAGUUGUGCCCAACGGCCAUCACAAAGUCCAGUCUACCUCAAAACUGUGGUGACGGAAGGACCAUCCGGUGUACUGAAGUCAUACGUGAGCAGGCAGACCAGGCAUUUAUAAUUGCGGCCGGACAUAGUUGUUGCCACACCGCACUCUCCACUUACACACAAUGGCACUACAUUCCAAGAGUGGACGACAGACCAGCAGGGCAGGUUGCACCAAUAUUGCACUAUUGCGGUCUUUGAUGCAAACGAACAUAUUCUGCAUUGGUAUGCGAUGCAGACACACAGACCCAGCAUCCAGCAGUGUCUAUGUGUUUUGAUGAAACAAUAGUUUGAUUGCACUCGCUCGACCUGCCACAUGACAAAGAGGACUUAUGCUGUACGUACGUGCGAAAGGUUCUAAAUAAUUUGAUAUGUGAUCUGGUGCAGUCUUUUCAAUCUUGAUAUCCUACAGUAUAGACAUUAGAAAAGGAAAAGAUUCUAUGGAACGCAAAUAAUGCUAAUCACGAGUGAUUAAAACUGUCAAUUUUAAUAAACUCAAUGAGAUUUAAAAGAGAAUGACAUGUUUAAUUUUUGUGAAUUAUUUUACAUCUAUGUUUGUCUACUAAAGCCAAUAUACAAUUGAAGUGAGAAAUUCGAUCCGCUUAAUUUCCUAUGUUCACAUAAAUGACCCAUAUUCUUUAUUUCAUCUGUUUUAAGAUGGUGCACUAUUUUGCGGAAAAUAAAAUAAAACAAUUAAAUUGCAUCAAACGGGAACCAUUUGGAACAAGCUUGGCGGUUUUAUUUCACCACUAAAUGUGAUCAAGAGGAAUCUGUGGAACGAGGCAGAAUGGAACUAGCAAACUAACUCUGUCAUGGUUCACCCCAUAGUCGUUUGGCCAAGGGUCACUAACUGUGCGGUGCGAUGGCCAUCGUCAAGUACCAGAAAACUGAGAACGGGACGUCCCCAGGACCAAAAAGCGACAUGUUUUGCGCCGACCAGGGAGAAAGCAAACAUAACCGGAAAUGCUAACAAUGUAACAAACAUUUUAUUGUCUAUUUCUCGUUUUUUUUUUUUUGCAAAUGUUGGAGUGUGUUAGAAGGUUGAAGAGGGGAGAGAAGAGGUCAUGUAAAUGUGAACAUUUGCUGGCAACCGACAGAAUUGGGGCCUUUUAUAGCCUUUCCCGGAUCUCGUGCUCGGAUGUAGUAAUAAAAUAAAAAUAUUUCGAAUACUUUAGCCGUGGAGGGAAAAUGUUGACGAGAACGACGGCGCUGCUGACGAGGGCUGGAAUGUUGAUGGAAAUAUCAACCCGUUUUUUUUUUGUGGCCGAAUGGCGAAAUCACGUUGCAUUUGGCGAGGAGCAGUACAUUUUGGAGGCGAAAUUGCUUGAAGGUUAUGUGGCACAUAAGCUGCGAUGGGAACAAUUAUUUUGAAAAGCUUGCCCUCAAUUACUCGAUGCAGAACUAUUUGCAUUUGAAAGUGUGCAGUUCCCGCAAAUUGAAGCAUGCAAAUUUUAUAAGUUGAAAAAUAAACCAAUCUCAAUUGAAUGUAGUUCAUCUAUAUAUCAAUAUUUCAUCCAAUAAAUAAUAUGGUUUUUAUAAGAAACUAAUUCAUGAUAUGUCUUGCAGAUAAUCGAACAAAAUGACUCGUUUACAACGCCUCGAACCCAGGAUUGGAAAACAAAUAAAUAAUAGGAUAUCGUUCCAAACUAAAUUACUAAUUUCCAAACAUACUUAAAUCUCGAAAUGCCUUGUUAUGAAAAAAAAGUAAUAACAUUUUUCCUACCUUAAAAAUGCACUUGAUAACUUAAUUUGAAAAAUCAACUCUCCGAUUGCUGCAAUUUCAUCAUGAAACCACUUCCACGAGCCGUCUUAAAAUGGUUAAUGUCGACAUUGCACCACAGAAAUUCAACAUUUUUGGUUGACCCUUGCCAAAAGACCUCUCAAAUUCUCUGCCCCACCAAUCGCAAUCACCCAGUACAAUAGUGGGGAAAGAAUUCUCCAUGCAAACCCAACAAAAAAAAACAUUCAAGCUCCUCCCCAAA